AUGUGUUCCAAAUGUGCUUUCUUCUCUGCUCUGCCUGAGAUAGAAGGGAGCUGUGUGGGUUGUGAAUUGAACCAAUUAUACAGUAAAUAGUAAUCUAACUAUACCCCUUUCUCUAUCUCCUCCACCACUGUCUUUUUCUCUCUCAGGUCCUCCUUGUAGUGAAAGAGGUGAGGGGAAGAAGAAGGGGCGUCCCAGAGCUGAAGUACAGGAGCUGAGGAGUAUUCCUGUGAGUGUCUUCUAUCCCCCUACUCCCUGACUAUUCCCUGUGUAGGAGUGUAUAUCUCAUCUCUCCCCCUCUCUGCAGGCUAACAUGAUGGUCCAGUGGAAGGAGGAGUUUAAGAGGAGGUCCAGGGUAAAGUGUCCGUGUUCAGGCUGCUGGUUGGAGUUCCCCAGCAUCUACGGCCUCAAAUACCACUACCAACGCUGCCAGGGGGUGAGACAUGACCCACUACUCACCCCACCAUCUCUCUCCUCCAGUGUUGCACGGUAUACCGAAACUUCGGGUACUUUUUCGAUACUAAAACAUGAAAAACGGUUCGGUACUACAUUUUUUUACAACUUUUGGUACUUCUGUCAAAGGUGUCUCAUGGAUCACGUCUGUCUAUCAGCGCAGCCGAUGUCUCCCUUAUAGCGCGAGCACACCGUGCCUGCUGCACUUAGCCUGCACAGGGAGUCUGGGCAGCAUCAUGUUAGCUCCCCACUCAUGCUGCACAGAAGUUAACCCACCUGAAUAAUGUGACACGGCAUGUAGAAAUGUUGAAACUGUUAAUUACUGUUCGCAAAACAAUGUCCAUACAGGCUAGAACACUUUACAAUGCAAGAAGAUACCGGUAGCUUCCAGCUGUAGGCUAACUUUCUUUGCUAGCUUACAGCUGAAGCUAACAUCAAUUCACUACCCCUAGUACAUUGUGAUAAUAUGCAAACCAUAAGGAAAAACAUGCUGAUUUCAAAGCUGAUUGUCAUCAAAACUUUAUUAAUUGACUUAAUCAUCCUCUCUCACACAUCUCUCCCAAAGAUUAUCUAUUGCCUGAGUGAACUGACUGUGUGUGUGAAUAGGGCUCCGACAGGCCGCCCCCCCCCCUUGCCUCAUGAAUGACGUCAUUACUGGUUAAAGAGACAGCGCACACUGUUAUAAAAGAAGCUACUUCAAUGCAAAUGUUGUUGAUCAGUACAAUAAAAUAAGUCCCAAAUGGAAGGGAAACAUAUUGUUUGUCAUCUGUAGCACCAUGAAAUCAGCCAAAACAAGCUCAAUAACUCACUGCAUUCACACACUCCUAUUGAAUAAUAUGCAUUUACCUGUAUUGUGUAUAGACCUAGGCUACAUCUUGAUUUACCCAGUUUAUCAAUAGAGAUUUGCCAUUCAAAUGAAUGAUUACCAUUAUGUUGUUAUGUAGUUAGAUUGGUAAAAACAAAGUCAAAUUGAUUGUAUAAUUGAUUCAUUAAUGCAUACAUCGCUAUCUCUGAAAAAUGAUGAUGUAAAAAUGUUCUAAUGGUAUUGAACUCAAAAGAUGCCCAACGAUUGAACAGAACAGUAGCUGAGUUUAUCUGUCUGGAUCAAGGGCCAUUCUGUGACUUCGGCUAAUAUGCCUUCUGUUUUGGUAUCGUGUAUCGUGAUUGUAUCGAGUAUUGUGAUACUAAACCUGGUAUCGGUAUCAAAGUCAAAAUUCUGGUAUCGUGACAACAUUACUCUCCUCACCCCCUCUCCUCUCCCACAUCGCCCCUCCUCACCUGCUCCGUCUCACGCCACCCCAGCCUUUUCCCUCUGUUGCCCACUAUCAGUGCUUUGAGGGGGUCUACAUAUUUAUUGUCAAUCUGUAAACCUGUUGAAUUAGAUUUGUGUACUUUAGACUAAUCAAUAUCCUUCCGUUUCUUCUCUUUCUCUCUUUUACCUCCUCCCUCUUUUUUCUCUGUCACCCAGGCGACCCUAGCGGAGAAGUUGAGUCAUGGCUGUCCGGACUGUGAGGCGGUGUUCGCCACUAAGGUCCGGCUCCAGAAGCACAAGCUGUGGAACCACCCAGAGAGGGUUACCGUGGAGACCAAGGCCGAGCCCAAACUACAGAAGACUCCCAUGAAGGGGACGUCCAAGAAAAGGUGACCUGGGUUGUUGAUUUUCACCACAACUUUAAUUUACCCUGUAGGCCUAGGAUUAGAUUGUACCAUUGUGUCUUCUCUGUCCAGGCCUAUGGAGAUUACUACCUCAUCACCGGUGUUCUUCAAAGUGAAGAAGACCCAGGAGGUGUCUAGUCCCUCCCAGAAUGGGGAGUGCGCCCCCCAGAGGGGCGAGAGGAAACAGCACACACACCCCCAGCCCCCUCAGCAUCAGGCCUCCUCCUCUGACACCUCCCCCAACACUCCGGGGGGCAGCGAGAGCGAUGGUGAGGGGGGAAGCCUUCUCCCACCGUACCCAGAUGAAGACCCUGAGAGGACAAGGCACAGUAAGAUUAAAAUAUAAUGAAUAGUAGGAUAUUUUGUUGCAUUGUUUGGGUGUAGUUAGAAGUCCAGUGGAAAUUGGGGCCCAGUGUGUUUGACCGUUUCUUGCUCUCUGUUCUCCUCAUGAGCCAGGACGGAAGCAGAAAACUCCUAAAAAGUUCACUGGAGAACAGCCCUCCAUCUCGGGGACGUUCGGACUGAAAGGUAGACCCCUCGGUAUUUCUCUUCUCACAGCUUCUCUCACUUAUGCUGGAAAUAGAAGUAUGCACUACUGGGUCAUUGACUAGGCAUGAGUGUCUCCACCUCCACACUGUGUAUUAGUGGUAGUGUGAUAGUGUCCUCUCUCUCUGUGUUAAUGUGAGGACUGUAGAGGUGUUUCAUAUCCUGAGCCAGUCUCGUACUCUCCUUCUGACACAUUUUCUCUCUUUCUCAGUACCAAUUUUCUCGAAGCUCAGUGACUCACACUCAACACUACACAUUACACGACUCUCUUUCUUUCUCUGUUGUUCUCAUCUCCCUGCCUCCUCUCUCGCUACCACUCUCCCUCUUUCUGAAAUCAGCUUCUCUCUUUAUGUACUAUCUUCUCUCUCUCUUUUCCUCCCUCUCAUUUUACAUCCUCACUCUUUUUCCUCCUGUGAAAUGCAGCUGCUAAAUAAAAGGUAUUACUCUGUCAUUGUCCUGGUGUCGUACUGCUCAGCCUAACUGACUCUCUGCGGUUCUAGACUCUCGGUUCUAGACUCUCUUUAACUCUGACUGUAAAUGUCACUAGAUCUGUUUCCCCUUUUCUCUUUACUGAACCUGAACCAUGCAUACAUGUGUGCGCACGGCACAUACACAGUCACACACUGUAUGUUUCAGGUAUGAACAAGGUAGAGGAGAAGCUGAAGGCUGGUCGUGUGAAGAGAUCAGAGGGGGGUCUGUUCAGCGAUGAGCCCCAGAGGAAGCACCCUGGCCCAGCCUCCAGAAGAGAUCCACCACCCCUCACCUCUGGUACUAAAAUGGCUGUUCUGGACUACUGUUUAUUGAUAAGACAAAAUCCAUCUCCCAAUUUACUCCCUCGUACACAUGUUUACCUCAGCGUGUUUCUGACAAUAUAAAGUAUUGAUUGGUUGAUUGGUUGAUAUAUCCUCCAGGUACUCCAGCAGAGGCCCAGUGGCAGCAUGCCAUCUCAGAGCGGGGGGAGGUGGUGUGUCCUACCUGCUCCAUCGUCACCAGAAAGACUGUCUCUGGCCUUAAGAAGCACAUGGAGAUCUGCCAAAAGGUGAGUGGAUCACACACCUGUCAAUCAAAACAGAGGCCUAGGGUGAUUGUACAAGAGAACUAUAUCAAUCCAAACAGAUGUUUUCACAGCUCAAAUGAAAUAGUGUCGAUCUUUCCCUUUUGUUUGAGAUUGUAGCCUGCAGAUUUCUCUUACUGCUUGUAGCAGGAUCCUCACAACAGAUGGCAAUAAUCUGUCUCAGUUUGACUUCUGAAGGAUCAAUACAUUUGACAUAACAUAUUUGGAUUUGGGGGUGAACCAUAUGUUUAUGAUCCGUCAGCACCAUUCUCAUCACCACAGUGUCACAUCUGGCUUUCAUUCCUCUAAAUUAAGGAUUGUGUUUCACACUCACUGUUGAAACUCUGAAAACCACAAUUUAUCAUUUGACACUUGCCCUAAAUCACAUUCCAUAUGUCCCAUGUUCUAUAUAAUAUUAUACUUGGGUACUGUUCCACAUCUGUUCUUGAUUCUAGCCCACUGAAACAAUUGGGCUGAACACAUUCUGAUCAAUAUCAGUUGCCAUAUGUAUUUAUAACAACAUCUAAAUAUUACUGUACAUUAUAUAAUGCUGUGUAUAAGACAAAUAUACAUUCAGUGGCCAGUUUAUUAGGUACACCCCGUUCACGGAAAUGUUUAGCUCCUACAGACAGUGAGUCACGUGGCCGUGGCUUGCUAUAUAAAGCAGGCAGACAGGCAUCGAGGCAUUCAGUUACUGUUUGAUUGAAAGUUAGAAUGGGCAAGACGAGUGACCUAAGCGACUUUGAGCGUGGUAUGAUUGUCGGUGCCAGGCGCACCGGUUCCAGUAUCUCAGAAACGUCCGGUCUCCUGUGCUUUUCACGCACAACAAUGUCUAGGGUUUACCAAGACUGGUGCGACAAACAAAAAACAUAAUAUACUGGCCACUGAGUGUAUCACAGUAUAUUAUAUUGGCAUUUAAAUUAUUGUACUGCUUUCUGAGAUGCAGUUUUAACCUCUUCAUCAAGUUCUGACUAAUAUUGUACUCUGGGGAUGAGAAUGAGUCAGGCACACUGUUAGACGCCUCUCUCUGAGGACCCCUGGGGAAGGGUCUGGGGAGCCAUUAGAUUGCAGAGUAAUGAUUGGAGGGCUGGUGGAAUGAUACUGUGGCUGCGUCUCAAUACUCUGAAGUAGCUUCCACUCAUUUAACUGUACCAAUCUGAAAACACAGGCUAGCUCAAAGCAAUCAGGAAAGGACACAAAGAGAGGUAGCCUAGACUAUUCAGACACACACUGAGAGUGCUGUGUAGACGUAAGGUGGGUCAGUAGUAGGCACUUCUUUAUGAAGCCUGGUCUGAUAGGCUGUGUGACUAUAAAAGUGACAGCAUUGCCAUUAAGGAGUGGUGGAAUCACCACAUUAGCACAGGGGUCAGUCACUGUAAAACCUCUUCCUCUGCCAUAUAGAUCCAUAUUGGCCUGCUGUGUCUCUUCAUGAAAACGUCUGUUUUACAGUUAUUGGUCUUGAUGAUUACCUGACAAAGACCGUUAUGGGUGAAAUGGUUCUGUAUCACUAGCUCAUGUGAAGGCAGUGGUGGAAAAAGUACUACAUUGUCAUACUUGAGUAUAAGUAAAGAUACCUUAAUAGAAAAUGACUCAAGUAAAAGUAAAAGUCACCCAGUAAAAUACUAUGUGAGUAAAAGUCUAAAAGUAUUUGGUUUAAAAAAAUACUUAAGUAUCAAAGCUAAAUGGAAUUGCUAAAAUGUACUUCAGUAUCAAAAGUAAAAGUAAAAGUAUAAAUCAUUUCAAAUUCCUUAUAUUAAGAAAACCAGACGGCACCAUUUAUUUUAUUUUAUUUGAUGGAUGGCCAGGGGCACACUCCAACACUCAGACAUAAUUUACAAACAAAGCAUUUGUGUUUAGUGAGUCCGCCAGAUCAGAUGCUGUAGGGAUGACCAGGGAUGUUCUCUUGAUAGGUGUGUGAAUUGGACCAUUUUCCUGUCAAAAUGUAACGAGUACUUUUGGGUGUCAGGGAAAAUGUAUGGAGUACUUCACACCACUGUGUGAAGGUCAUGCUGGGGGAACAGUGAGCAGAAAUUCACUCUCUUUUCAUAGGUGUUUUACAGAUAGACCAAUAUUUUCACUGUUAUUGGAUCCAAGAGGCUCUGAUGAAUAGGAAUGACUGUGUGACCUUUGUCCUUUAACCCUGCAGCUCCAGGACGCCCUGAAGUGCCAGGAGUGCCACAAACAGUUCAGGUCCAAGGCAGGACUCAACUACCAUACGAUGGCUGAGCACAGCAGCAAGGUACACACAUGCAGACAGGCACACACACACUAUCCAUUUAAAAGUAACCCUGGCCUCCUAGUGGCGCAGCUGUCUAAGGCACUGCAAUCAGUGCUAGAGGCGUCACUACAGAUCCGGGUUCGAUCCUGGGCUGUGUCGCAAACGGCCACAACCGGGAGACCCAUGAGGCGGCGCACAAUUGGCCCAGUGUCGUCUGGGUUAGGGGAGGGUUUGGCCGGCUGGGAUGUCCUUGUCCCAUGGUGCUCUAGCUACUCCUUAUGGCGGCCGGGCGCAUGCGCGCUGACUUGGGUCGCCAGCUGUACGGUGUUUCCUCUGACACAUUGGUGAGGCUGGCUUCCGGGUUAAGGGAGCAGUGUGUCAAGAAGCAGUGCAGCUUGCCGGGGUCGUGUUUCAGAGGACGCAUGGCUCUCGACCUUUGCCUCUCCCGAGUUCGUAUGGGAGUUGUAGCGAUGGGACAAGACUGUAACUACCAAUUGGAUAUCACAAAAAAGGGGUAAAAAGUCAAUAAAGUAACCCUGGGGGUUUCAUCAGCAACAUGUGACAGUGGAGGGAACUCUGUUGUGGGUUCCCUCCAGGCGUGAGGGAUUGGUUUGGGAUUGGGGGUGAAAUGUCCUAAUAGAUUGAUUUCUAUUGUUAUGCUUUUUGGCAUACCUGAAGUUAUGAUUGAUAUGACUGUUCUGAAAGCAUGCACAUUACAUUGUGGUGCUGUGUUAGCUCCCUCAGUUGAUAUCAACAUGGCCCUCCCUGCUGCAUUAGUGGAAUGGUGCUCCAAUUAAGUUUGUUGAAUAAUUCAAAACUGCUAUCUCAGAAAGCGUCAUAAAAUAUAAAUGAGUGAACCUGUGUGUGUGUGUGUGUGUGUCUGUAUUCCAGUCAGCCGUGCCAUCAUAGCUGAUCUGUUUAAAUGAUUUGUCUUCAGUCUCUGCCUUUCAUCCCAUGGCCAUAUUGGCAGCUCUCCAUAUCAUUAUUAGGAGAGAGUACAGUUUGUGUUUUAAAGCAGUGAUUCACAAACUUCCAUGGCGUGUGUGUAUGUAUAUUUGUGUGUGUGCCUUUGUGUUGUUCUGCAUUACCUGCAGAAGUGGCAUCAUUGCUAAUCUGUACCCAGUGUGUGUCCUCUGGUCACAUGGCUGAGCCCCAGUGCAGUGUGGGAAAAGACAGGAUGACACAGCGACAGAGGUCACCUGCUGGCUUUGAUCUUGUUGUUGUACUGUGAUACACUCAUAUUUGUCUACACUCUUAGAGAAAAAGGUGCUAUCUAGAACCAACAAGGGUUCUUCGGCUGUCCCCAUAGGAUAACCUUUUGAAGAACCCUUUUUGGUUCCAGGUAGAAACCUUUUGGGUUCCAUGUAGAACCCUUUCCACAGAGGGUUCUCAAUGGAACCCAAAAGAGUUCUACAUGGAACCAAAAAGGUUUCUACCUGGAACCAAAAAGAGUUCUACAUGGAACCAAAAAGGGUUAUCCUAUCGGGACAGCCGAAGAACCCUUUUGGAACCCUUUUAUUACUAAGAGUGUAUCUUUCUCGCUAUAUCUUUCACUCUCUCACCCCUCUCCCUCAUGUCUGAUAAAGGUUUCACUCUCUCACCCCUCUCCCUCUCCCUCAUGUCUGAUAAAGGUUUCACUCUCUCACCCCUCUCCCUCUCCCUCAUGUCUGAUAAAGGUUUCACUCUCUCACCCCUCUCCCUCUCCCUCAUGUCUGAUAAAGGUUUCACUCUCUCACCCCUCUCCCUCUCCCUCAUGUCUGAUAAAGGUUUCUCUCUCUCACCCCUCUCCCUCAUAUCUGAUAAAGGUUUCACUCUCUCACCCCUCUCCCUCUCCCUCAUGUCUGAUAAAGGUUUCACUCUCUCACCCCUCUCCCUCAUGUCUGAUAAAGGUUUCUCUCUCUCACCCCUCUCCCUCAUGUCUGAUAAAGGUUUCACUCUCUCACCCUCUCCCUCUCCCUCAUGUCUGAUAAAGGUUUCACUCUCUCACCCCUCUCCCUCUCCCUCAUGUCUGAUAAAGGUUUCACUCUCUCACCCAUCUCCUUCAUGUCUGAUAAAGGUUUCACUCUCUCACCCCUCUCCCUCUCCCUCAUGUCUGAUAAAGGUUUCACUCUCUCACCCCUCUCCCUCUCCCUCAUGUCUGAUAAAGGUUUCACUCUCUCACCCCUCUCCCUCUCCCUCAUAUCUGAUAAAGGUUUCUCUCUCUCACCCCUCUCCCUCAUAUCUGAUAAAGGUUUCACUCUCUCACCCCUCUCCCUCUCCCUCAUGUCUGAUAAAGGUUUCACUCUCUCACCCCUCUCCCUCAUGUCUGAUAAAGGUUUCUCUCUCUCACCCCUCUCCCUCAUGUCUGAUAAAGGUUUCACUCUCUCACCCUCUCCCUCUCCCUCAUGUCUGAUAAAGGUUUCACUCUCUCACCCCUCUCCCUCUCCCUCAUGUCUGAUAAAGGUUUCACUCUCUCACCCAUCUCCUUCAUGUCUGAUAAAGGUUUCACUCUCUCACCCCUCUCCCUCUCCCUCAUGUCUGAUAAAGGUUUCACUCUCUCACCCCUCUCCCUCUCCCUCAUGUCUGAUAAAGGUUUCACUCUCUCACCCCUCUCCCUCUCCCUCAUGUCUGAUAAAGGUUUCACUCUCUCACCCUCUCCCUCUCCCUCAUGUCUGAUAAAGGUUUCACUCUCUCACCCCUCUCCCUCUCCCUCAUGUCUGAUAAAGGUUUCACUCUCUCACCCCUCUCCCUCAUGUCUGAUAAAGGUUUCACUCUCUCACCCCUCUCCCUCUCCCUUAUGUCUGAUAAUGGUUUUACAAAUAAAUGCUGGGGGUUUCUCUGUGUCCCCUGGUGAAUCUAGUGUGUGUUCUCUAGCCUCAGGGUCUGACUGUGACAUUAUUCACUUUGCUUUGCGUUAGUGUGGGAAUGACAUGUAUUCCUCUGAGUUGCCAUCUUAUCCCCCUCUUUCCCUCAGACUGGGGAUGUGUCUCAAUAAUCUCAAAUGGCUUCCUCUCCUUCAUCUGUACAUCUUUUUUUCUAAGAGUGUAAUGAUCUAAAAACACCAGUGAAAGCAAAAUGGAGGAUGCCCACCAGGAAUUUAGACUAUUGAGAUGCACCUGAGAGUGUAUCCACGGUUGCAUUUCAAUCCAGAUUGUUGUUCUCUCAACAUAUGCACUUAUUCACUGCCCUGAUGUGUAGUCCCCUCCCCUGUCCUCUCUCUGGCUGUGCUGUGCUGUCAGCUGCUGUUUUUAUCAGACAUGUUUUUGGCACUGAUAAACCCCUCGGUGAAAACAUUAGUUUGACAGUUGUCAUAAACAUGUCUUGAGUAACGGCCUUGCCAUGAAACCAUUUUAUGAUCCUGGCACCGCCUAACGCCUGAGAUGGAAAACACAUUUUCCCGGCCUGCUUGGGAGGGGGAGGUGUUUUGAGGGGACACGACUCUGGUGCGACGCUGUGUUUGUUCCCCCUUCAGGCCUCGGGGAUUGAGGGCCAGACGGGGGACAGGCAGGAGGAGAGAGAGAGGCUGCGCAGAGUGCUCAAACAGAUGGGACGAAUCAAGUGUCCUAACGAGGUAUGUACGAUCAUGUGAAUUAUUCUGUGAUACAAAUUUAUAUAUCUCUAUAUAUCAUAUAUAUAUAUAUAUCGAUAUAUAUUAUCUCUCUAUCUCUCUAUAUAUCUCUAUAUAUAUAUAUAUAUCUCUCUCUCUUCUCUCUCUAUCUCUAUUUCUGCUGGCCCCACCCCUUCAUCUCCAUCUACCCCUCUCUCUUUCUUUCUCUCUCUUUCUUUCUCUCUCUCCUCUCUCACUCCCUCCUUCCCUCUCUCUCUUGUAAUUCUGCCCAAACACACAUCAACACUGUUACCGAUUACUCACACUAGAGUGCAGAGAGGAGAGAGGAGAGAGGUGAAGAGACAGGGCUGCUGAGACAGAGACUUACAAUAACCUCUCUUCAUCCAUUCAUGGGCAUUUCAUGUCUUUCUUCCACUUCUAACUCACUCUUCUCUCAUUCAAACACACAAAUGGUUGGCCACCUCUCUUGAGAAAGAUAGGUUUAUGUCAAUGACACUAUAUAAAGUUAGAUGAAUGAAACAUAGACAUAGUGUGAUGCUUUGUUAGACAAAUCCAUACUCUGCUCCACUAACCUGAUUUCCAGUCUAAUGUGAAUUUUCAAUUUCUCCCAUUUUCAAUGUUGCACGCACACGUAUGCGCACACACACACAUAAACACACACACACACACACACAGGGCUGCUCGGCCCAUUUCUCCAGUCUGAUGGGGUACCAGUACCAUCAGAAGCGCUGUGGCAGAGAGCUGUCAGAGGAGGACAAGCCUGUGUUUCUGUGUCAGCACUGUGGGAAGACCUACCGCUCCAAGGCUGGCAGAGACUACCACCUCCGCACUGAACACCGCACCCCCCCCACCACCACCACCACCUCCAACACCACCACCACCAAUAUCAACAAUACCAACAACACUAACAACAAUAACACCGGCAGAGGGGUAAGAGAGAGCAGAAGCGUUUUUGUUUUAUAUCUUUAUCGGUUGAGAUUACACCCAUAGUCGUUGGUUGAAUCGCUGUGAAUUCUAUCAUUGGUCCCUGACUGGGCUGUCCCUCCUCUCUUCCAGGUGAGCACAGAGGAGUCACAGACACAGCUUGGAGGAAGAAGGGAGCAGAACCACACGGAGAGAGAGAGAAAGGAAAAGGAGAAGUGGCAAGAGGAGGGGAGAGAGAGGGGUGGGGAGAGAGAGGGCCUGGGGGAGGACUUUGAGAGGACUCCCAGUGGUAGGGUGAGACGUCGGUCGGCCCAGGUAGCAGUGUUCCACUUGCAGGAGAUAGCAGAGGAUGAACUGACCAAGGACUGGGGAACCAAGCGCCGCAUCAAAGAUGACCUAGUACCGGACAGCAAGAGGGUAAGAUACAGACAGGUACUCACACACACACACACACACACACACACACACACACUGAACAUCUUGUCCCUGUCUGUCUUCCUCCCCCAGUUGAACUACACUCGGCCUGGCCUUCCCAAGUUCAGUUCCAAGCUGCUGGAGAGCUGGAAGAACGAGGUCAAGGAGAAGGGCUUCAUCUGCUGCUCCAACGGAGUAAGAACCUCUGGAGAGAAUGUUCUGUCCAUUAAACACCUUUCAGAUAAAUCCUGUAUUUUAAAUAAUCCAGUUGCUUUUACACAUUCCAGCGCUGUCAAUUCUGAGCUCUACAGGCUCUAAAAAUUAGCAAGUGAAGGUUUUAUACGCACAGUUUACUAUAGUUCUAUCUGUUGUUAUUGUUCCUCUCUGUUUCUAGAGCUGUGAAGCUGUUUACUCCAGUGUGUCUGGGCUCAAAGCUCAUCUAGCCAACUGUAACCAGGUAGGAACAUCAGGACCAGUUUAAGUUAAAUGGAUGAAAAAAUAUCUGACCCUGUGUCAGUGGUUAGGUUUAGGGACAACUUGUACCUACUCCUGACUGGGGUGUGUUUCUGUGCUCUGCAGGCAGGGGGCGACGCAGGGAAGUACACCUGCUUACUGUGUCAGAAGGAAUUCAGCUCAGAAAGUGGUGUCAAGUACCACAUCAGCAAGACACACUCACAGGUGAGACUUACAUACAUAAACCCUCAAAGGUCUGAUAUACACAUUGAAGUAUAUGAAACGGACCCACUCACAGAUGACGUCUUCCCUCAUUAUUAUCAUACAUUAAAUGAUCAUACGUUACAUUAUCAUACAUUCGUACAGAACUGGUUCCGAGCCUCUAGCCAUGUGGUGCCCAGCAGCAGCAAGAGUAAACUGCCAGAAAACAACGAGUUAGAGAAAAAGGAAGUAAAGAACUGUGCCACCACAGGAAAGAAGAGAGGCCGCAAGCCCAAAGAGCACCCCCCUCAGGCCACCCCUGUCCAAACAAAGACUCCUUUCAGCGCCACCCAAAUCUCAGCCCCCGCCCCCACUCCGAAACCAACUUCAGCCGCCGCCCCGAACACAGCCCAAGUCCAGCACCAGGCCCAGACCCAGAUCCCGACAGAGAGGGUGAACCCGGGGAGCCCAACAUUAAACAGACAGCCCAACCCCCCCACCACACGGAGGGGCAAGACCAAGAGGGUGCCCCCUCCCUCAGAGUAG